AUGUACCGGCUUCACAUGGAAAACUCGUCUUCGAACUCUUCUUCUCGCACAUCCUCAGCUUCUAACAUUGCUGCUGCGGCCAAUGCCACUGCCACCGCCACCUCUGCUUCUGCCACUUCCUCUUCCGCUUCUUCGGCCCUCAAUCAACCUUCUACAUCGCCAGCAACGCCUGAGCCGAUUCCGUCAAAUCCAAAGACGGUUGUCGCUGACGGUGAUUGUGGCAAUGGCAAUGGCAAUGGCAAUGGAAAGCACUCUUCGCCACCGCCUGGGAACAUCAAUUGCAGCGGCAAUGAUGAUCCUUCAAGUUUGACAGGCCCAAUGGACACAGAUGCAGCUACCACCAUCUCUACAGACACAUCAGACACGUCCAUAUGGUCGUGGUUGGCAGAGCCCUUCAACUGGGGCGACAUGCAAAUCGAUAUGGACAACGAGCAGCAUCACGAUUCCAGCAGGCCAACGUCAACCAUGGAUCUGCACCAAACCAUGAUGGACGGCAUUCACCAACUGAGUGAUGCUGUCGGCAUGGCCGCCUUCCCCGACGCUGCUUUUCCAUAUAUCCAAGACUGGGGAUUGAAGCACGUGGAGACCAGAACUGCGUCGCCGGCUCACCUGCAAAAAGUUCCCGAGCAGCAUCUACACCAGCAGCCUCAGCAUCAGCAGCAAUCGCAACCGGCGCGCCCGCAGAUGCAUCUAGCCCCCGAUGAUGGCAUCGCUCAGCUCUCCCAGCUUAGCAUGCGCCUCUACCCGCUGCAUCGCACGUGCUGCACACUCGCCGAAACAGUCGAAUCUUUGAUCCAGUCUCGAGACUUUGGCCAAAACCAAAUCUUGUCAUCCCUACUCGUUGACGACGCUACAUUCAAACUGGUUGCCCAAUGGUUGGUCCAGGUUUCUGCCGACUCUUCCAGUUUGCUUCUUCGACCCGAAGCCUCGAAAAAUCAAACCCCCACGCCUUGUGCGGGCGCUGUCACGCUUGGUAAUACGUUGCUCGACGCAUUCUCCGCUUCGUGUCAUCUCUUGCAAAUCAUGCAGUGCCUGCCAGUUGACUCGAGCUUCUGGCCUAACGGGACCGGCCCCCUGCCCACUCCUACAUCCAUGCCGGGCUCCCUCGACAGCAAUACAGCGUAUUUGGACCAAGCUGCAUGCGGCAGCAACAACGGGUUGACGUUAUCAUCCUCCUUAUCAUCCUCAUCCUCAUCCUCGCCAUCUAGCUUUUCUCGUACACCGAACCAAGGCCAAUACUCCAACACAGUCAUGCGCCAUCUUGUCAUUGCGUGUCACACGCUGCUCCUAAACAUCUUUGUCGUAGUGUUCACCGCUCUACAACUCGAUGGUGAUCUACGAAACAACUCCCGUGGUAGCGUGACGCCCAACAGUAAUGGUGGCGUCGAUCCUGAGCCUCGCCCGGACGCAGGGCUCGCGGAUAUCCGGCUGGUCAUGAUUGUGCAGCUCUGCUCCUAUCUGACUGAGCGCCAAUGCCGAGCUGUACACUCCUACUUAUCGCCACUUUCUCAGUCUUCUCCACAGCAGCCAUCGCAGGUCUCAUCACAGCAGCUUUUUGACACUCCCCAACACCAGGCGGGAAGUCUACCUGCAUCAUUGCCCACUACGCAUGCUACCAGUGCAGAGGUCAUCGAGCUCGAAAUGGAGGUCCGAUAUCGCAUUGUCCGUCUCCGACAAACGCUCCUUAUAUGA